GAAGUCUUGUAUUCUGAUUAUUCUUGUGGUGAGCAGAGAAAAUGGAAGAACAAGGAGGGAGCAAGGUUGCAGGGAUCAGGCAGAUUGUGAGGCUGAAGGGGCUUCUGCAGAAAUGGCAGAAUGUUACUCUUGGGCCUAAGGGGAAUGACAGCUCCCCAAGGUCGCCUUCUCAGAAUUCACACGGAGGCAUUUCACCCGCGAUUGAUAGGAGGUUGAGGAGUUACAGUGUGCAUUGUGAUUCAGAUGAUGAGAGUUGCCACAGCCCUGAUCCGCCGCUUGAUGUUCCCAAGGGGUAUUUGGCAGUGUACGUUGGGCCGGAGCUCAGGAGGUUCAUAAUUCCCACUAGCUAUCUCAGCGAUCCGCUGUUCAAAGUGUUGCUGGAGAAGGUCGAGGAGGAGUUUGGCUUUGAUCACAGCGGCGGCCUCACAAUUCCAUGCGAAAUUGAAACUUUCAAGUACCUCCUGCAGUGCAUGGAGAACCAUCAGAGAGAUCUUGCAGAUGAAGAGAACUCUGAUGAAUCAUAGUUGCCAGUCGAGAAGCGAUUUCUUUUUUUUCUUUAUGCAGAUUGCAAAGUUGCCAUCUACAUUGUUUUCUUGCUUCUCCCAUUUGUAUUUUGUAACAAGGCUAGCUGCUCACAACCUGCAGUGUUUGA